AUGACGCCGCUUCAUUGGGCAUGUGAUUUUAAUCAUUAUGCGUGUGCACGUUUACUAAUUAUGUACGGUGCAGAUACAUUCAUAUCCGAUAAAUUUGAUCGAACUCCAAUGACUAUAGCAAAAAGUCAUAACAAUCAAAAAAUAAUUGAAUUAAUUGAACAAUCCACAGAAUUAACCAUAUGUCAAAAUGAAUCAAUCGAUGAUGGCAAUAUUUUAUCAUUACCAAGAUUAGACGACCAUACAAUAGCAACGAGUGAAUGUUUGUUUACGCAGCGAAAAAAACCAAUAAUAAUAACAAAUGGAAAAAUAAAUUCAACUCCAGCAGGUAGCUGUUAG